AUCCCUCCACCCCCUAUCUUUUUACAGGACUGCCAGCCCGUCUAGAGUUAUUCCAGGAAUGCGUUGAACAUGGCUGCCGCGAUGAAGGCGCAGAAAACGGGACUGCUCGAACUCCGAGUGACCGUGGACCGCUGGAUCCGGGUGUUGGCCACUCUUACCGAAGACACGCUCACGGUUAACCCCGGGGAGGGCGUCGAGGAGCCGGCGAAGCCCAACCAGAGUCCCGCCGCCGCAAUCAACGGAGACCCCCCGAACUUGAGCUCGUCCCCGGUUCCAGAAACCAUCACCAACGUGAAGCGCACCGUGCGAGUUACCAAGCAAGACGUCGGAGGACUCGGAAUCAGUAUCAAAGGUGGGAAGGAGAACAAGAUGCCAAUCCUCAUCUCCAAGAUCUUUAAAGGCCUGGCUGCUGACCAGACGGAGGCGCUUUAUGUUGGUGACGCCAUAUUGUCUGUCAACGGGUUUGACUUACGGGAGGCCACACACGACGAGGCUGUGCAAGCGCUGAAGAAAACGGGCAAAGAAGUCAUCCUUGAAGUGAAGUACAUCAAGGAGAUGUCGGCUUUCUUUAAAAACUCUGGGUCCCCCGGGGCCGCCCUCCCCUGGGACUCUCCCCCCUCCACACCUCAGAGGGGCACUGAACUCUUCCCUGCUGAGGGGAAGGAGCCCUGCAGCAUCCCGCUGAAGAUGUGCCAGGUGUCACGAAAACAAUGCCCCCCGGACACGGAGAACAGGUAUUUCGAGGUGAUUUCAUCCAGCAGAAAGAACUCCGUGUUCCUGCGGGCAAAAGACCCGGCCAUGGCUCAGUCCUGGUACAACGGCAUCCUGGCCGGCGCUGCCAACCUUCUCCCCCGAGUUAGGGAGGAGAUGAAGAGCAUGCAGCUUGGCAUGGAGGUCAAACAUCUGGGCUGGAUUACAGAGCAGGUGACCCAGGGUCCAGAGAAACCGGUGCUGGCCAUGCUGACCGACAGAGACCUGCUCCUGUAUCCCUCUUUGCCUGAAAGCAAAGAGAGCCUCGGCAGCCCCACCAAGAGUCACCCGCUCAUUGCUACCAGACUGGUCCACUCCGGACCAGGGAAAAGUUCCCCUCUCCUGGACUCCGACCUCUCAUUUGGCCUGCGUUCAGGCACUAAGCAAGGCGUGGAGACCCAUGUGUUCAGGGUGGACUCUGCCAAGGAGCUGUCCACCUGGACUCAUCUGCUGGUGGAGGGUUGCCAUGAUGCUGCUGAGCUCAUCAAGGAGGUCACCACGGCCUGCAGUUGGAAUGGGAAGGAGUGCACCCUGGGAGUCCACAUUGAUGAGGGUUUCACACUAUUCACAGAAGAGAUGGGUGUCAGGAAAAGUAUUCUGCUUCAGCAGCCCUUCGAGCGCCUGAGAAUGUCCUCGGAUGAUGGAGUUCGCAUGAUGUUCCUCGACUUUGGAGGCCCCGACGCCGAAAUUCAACUGGACCUCCAUUCUUGCCCCAAGACCAUCGUCUUCAUCAUCCACUCUUUCCUGUCUGCCAAGGUCAAGCGUCUGGGCCUCCUGGCAUGAUAAUGGUCAACCAUCUGGAACAUCAACAAUAGGAAUAUUCAUUAAAACACGCAGCCAGAAGACUCUGAAACGCCAGAGGAUGCAGCCCAGGAAAAGGUGCUGACUCCCCACUUUCUUUCAGUCCUCCUCAGCCUCUGAGACGGUCAUCUCUGGUCGGGCUCCUGUUGCUCCUUCUUGGGGAAUGAAUAGAAGACUGGUGGACCUUUGUUGAACUUUGUAGUUUUACGGUAGAGAGAGUUUUCACAUUAUGGCGCAAAGUCAGCAACCGCUUAGGGGAUCUGACAUCUGUCAAAUCCUUUAUGGUGGGUCAUAACACUUUAUGAUGGCAUACUGUGUGAAAUGACAGCCUGCCUCUUAAUGUUUCUAAGCUUGAAAUCCCAACCAUUUCAUGUUUUCUGCGCCAUUGUUAAGUUCCGUUUUGUUUCAUGAGUCCCAGCAGGCCUUUGUACUGAGCAUCCUUUCAUCUUUCAAUCGUUGCUUUAUACGUCAUAACAAUACGUUAUUUCACAAAUGUCCUGAUUGAUGUUGGACAAUCUUUUGUUUCUUUUUUUAUUUUAUUUUUAAACAAAGGCAGCUUUAGUUGAGUGACAGAAUGACAUGGCUGAUCACUACAUGAUCAAUAAUCUGAACUGAACAAUGUACACAACUAUAACCAUUUGUAUGUGAAUGUUUAAGUUGCCUUAUCCUUGAAUUUUCAUGAAAAAAAAAAAGCUACAUAACUUUUUACUUAAAAUAUAAUUUUUGUUGCAGCUCAACAACUUUUUAUUUUAUUCUCCUCUCGGUCUCUUUUGGUCCCUAUUUUAAAUGUGCUCAUCCAUGGCCUAACAAAAAGAAGUGACUAACACAGUAUAUUCUAAAAAGGUUUUAGCUUAACCAGUGAAUGAGAUAAGAACGUGUAAUUAUCCUAACAAGAAAAGACACCUUCCUUGAAUCUGGAUGGCCAGAAUCAGACAUUAUGACCCAUGUGAAGUACAAAAUAAAAGCUCUUGUGUUUUUAGAGUUUACCGACAAAGGUUGUUUCAUAAUCAUGAUGGAUGAUAAACGUUUGGCUCAAAGAGUGCCGCUCCAGCUAAACUUCCUAUCCUGUAUGAUUAAGUACAAUACAAGUACAGAGUUUUAUAGUACAGUUUCUUUUUUUCCUUCCAUUUUUCAUGAUUUAAGAGAGAGGACAAAUAGUCUUCAUCAGAAAGCACUGAUAGUCUAUUUUCUACACAAAUUGUCCUCAUUUAAAUGUUAUUUUAUCAUAUAAAAGAUGUUGAGUUGUUUACAUCACAGUGUGUUUUUUCAUUAAAUGUGUGUCGACUGAACAUCAACAACUUGGGGCCUUCUCUCUGUGUCCAACACUAAACAGACUUGUAUUAAUAUAUAUUUCAGAACUAAAACCUGUUUGCUUUCAAGAAUAAAAUGUAUUGUAUAUUCUUAUUUAAACAAAGGUGUGCCUUGCAGGGUUGUUUGUAUAUAAACAUGUAAUAAACUUUGUUAACUUUU